UAUUUUUUGUAAUAGAGAGAGCCAUUUUUUCUGUUUCCGAUCUGCUGUCUUUCUUUCUCGUUGUAGUGUUACAAUUUUUCAGAGAUAGAGAGAGAGAAAAUCUAGAGCGAGAGAUAGAGAAAAGAUGAAGAUCACAGCGUUGUUGGUGCUUAAAUGCACAGGUGAAGGUUCCGAUCCCGUGAUUCUCGCGAACGCUUCCGAUGUUAGCCACUUCGGCUACUUUCAACGCCAUAGCGUCAGGGAGUUCAUCGUCUUUGUCGGUCGUACCGUCGCCAAACGCACCCCUCAAGGCCAACGCCAAUCUGUACAACACGAAGAAUAUAAGGUGCACACCUAUAACAGAAAUGGUCUUUGUGCGUUGGGAUUUAUGGAUGAUCAUUACCCGAUUCGAAGUGCCUUUUCUCUUCUAAACCAGGUGAUAGAUGAAUAUCAAAAAGCUUUUGGUGAGUCAUGGAGAACUGUACAGGAAGACGGUACUCAACCAUGGCCCUAUUUGAAUGAAGCUCUGACAAAAUUCCAGGAUCCUGCAGAGGCUGACAAAUUGUUGAAAAUCCAGAGAGAGUUAGAUGAAACAAAAAUCAUCCUUCAUAAGACUAUUGAUAGUGUGCUGGCUAGAGGGGAGAAGCUGGACAGUUUAGUUGAGAAGAGUUCUGAUCUGAGUGCCGCAUCCCAGAUGUUCUAUAAACAAGCCAAGAAAACCAAUCAGUGUUGUACUAUAUUGUAAGCUUUGACCAUCAAUAUGCUGCGAGCUUACUUGAAUCCUGUUCCGACAUGGAGAUUAUUGUUGGACAGGAGAAAAUAGCUUCAUAUGUCUAUCACUUUACAUUGUUUGGUUGGUGAAAUUAUGAUGUGAUUUACCUGAUAUAUGUAUUGUCUUACCGUGUGACAAAUUCAAAUACCCAUUUACCUUGUGAUGUUCACUAUGAUAAUUUAUAGUAUCCAUAAGUUAUUGUUCUGGUUGAGUCA